ACAGCAGAGAAUGUCUAAUAAACAAGUUCAAAUUGUAUCUAAUUCUGAUUUAGAAUAUGAAGAAAAUUUAAUAUCCAAUCAGAAUGUGUUUCAUCAUUUGUUGACUGCAGAAGAUAUUCAAGAAAUAAUUUAUCGUGUUUUUAAUAACAACAUUGAAAUCAUAAACUAUUCUCUUCGACCAUAUUCCAAUGGUAAAAUUGGCUUUCUUGGUUCGCAUCAAAAACUUUGCAUUACGACGAGACAUAGGAAUGAGAAAAGGACAUUCAUCUUUUUUGCGAAGAUAAUACCAUAUGAUGUACCUGAUCAAGCAGAUUACAUAAUAACAAAAGGUAUUUUCAAUAAGGAAGUAAUAUUUUACAAUGAAAUAAUACCAAUACUAUAUGAAAACUAUCAAGGAGAACGUUGGUCACCAAAUUGUUACAAAGUAAAAGAUAAUUAUUUAAUAUUCGAGGAUUUACAACGAAAAGGAUAUACAAUGCGAAACAAACUCUUCAAUGAGGAACUUAUUACUGCAGCUUUGACAACAAUUGCACAGAUGCAUGCAGCAUCAUUAAUAGCAGAAGAUCGUUUGGCAGUGCCUUUGAAUAAAAUCUAUCCUAAUGCGUUUGAGGAGAAAGGAUUUAUUUGGGCAGGGCAAAAUAAACAAUGGAUUGAUGCUGGAAUUAAAGUAGCUGUUGAAAUUGCUAAAAAUCUUGGCCUUGAUUCAACCUUGAUACCAAUAGCAUCACCAAAAAUCAUGGAAGCCAUUCAGUCUUCUACAAAGAAAUCAAACGUGAUUAGUCAUGGUGAUCUCUGGGCUAACAAUUUGAUGUUUAAUAACGAUGAACCUCCGAAGUGUUUGUUAAUUGAUUUUCAAAUAGUCAGAUACUGUCCAUUAGCACACGAUGUAUCUCAAUUACUUUAUCUAUGUACAUCUCGUAGUUUUAGAGAAACACGCGAAAAAGAUAUGUUGAAACAUUAUUACAAAGUUCUUUGUGAGACUUUAAAAAUUCAUCAAUUUUCUGGACAAUCUCCUUCUUGGUCCGAAUUACUUCAAGGAAUAGAAGAACAACGUUUAGGUUCUUUGAUAACUGCCAUGUUAUAUUUUCCAACAGUUUUAAUGGAUGAAAGUUUGAGUACCCAAAUUAUGAACGAUUCUAACAGAUAUUUGGAAUAUACUUUUAAUGAUAGAACCAAUAUUGUGAUCGGUCAUAUGAAACAAAAUUUGGAAUAUAAUAAUAGAAUCACGGAGACGAUUGAAGAGUUAAUUAAAAUUGCUAAACGUCUUAACGAAUUACCUGUACCAUGUUGAUUAUUUAAUAAAUUAAUCUUUUUUUUAAAGAUCUAAUAAAUUUUUUUUUUUUUUGUAAAA